AUGUACAUCGAUGUUUCGCUCUCUUGGGAGAGCGCUGACAGGUACGCUGUAGAUCUCAUCCUGCAGGUUCUGAGAGAGAAAGAAAGAAUAUUCAGCCACUUAUUGAUCCCCUGGGAGAUAGAGAACGGCAGCAUGAACAAGGGCGUCGUGGACGGGAACCGCAUCGACACUGGUUCGCUUCACCGGGAUCUCUCCAACCUCGUGACCUGGGCACACACUCACGGCACCAUCUGCAGUCACAUCCCAGCCCUGGAAACUGGGCAGAGCGUGGGUCACCCUGGCAAGGAAAACUCCGUUCUUUGGAUCUGCAGCGUUGGGCACGCCUAUCACUGGCAGUGUGGAAGGUUAUGCGUCCGGAGUGGGGAAAAGAAUAAAGCUAGAGAAAAGAGAAAGUCAUCAGCAUCUGCGGAGGCUUUGCUGAGGGAGGCUGAUUCCGAGAAGAGGCUCAGGAAGACCCCGUCCUUUGAGCGGGCUGAGGGAGAUGCUGUCCGCACGGGGUCGUACGGCGGAUCUCCAGGGCUCGCUCAGCGGAAAGACAACACGGUCUACGUGAUCCGUAAUGAACCGUCCCCUGGAAAAAAUAAAAACUCCAGCAAAUCCGUGAGAUCGUACCGUGCAGCAGAGCAGUGCUCGCCCGUGCCCAGCGGCAGAAUCAAAACCAACAGGCGUAAGGUGAACCUAGAGAGCCACAAAGAGCCGCAAAGCGUCUUGGAUGAAGGAAGGUGUGCGUCCGAUGGAAACGACCAAGGAGACAGAGUCAACCAGAACGUUCCGUCGGCAUCCCCAGUUAAAGGCGUCGCUGAGGCAGAACUGCAGAUGCAUCCCAUGCAGGAGGGGGCAUUUAACAAGCUGACAGCCACCCAAACGCCUGGCUUUGACCCCACCGGGAAGCCACCCCCAGCUCUCGCCUGCAUUCAAACCCUUGCCAUCAGCAAUCAGGAGAGCCUGGACAACAGCUUCUUGAGCUUGGGUUCUCUUAAUCCCUCAGGAUCUGCAACCGAAGCUUCUGACACAUGGAAUUCCUCUGGGUCAGCAACACCGAAAGAGCUUGUGAGACCUGUUCCUGUCUCCGGCACUGAAGCAAAGGCCCAGCCUGACUCACCCAUCUCCAUGACAUUGUUAGAGUUUGAGGUCAUCACGGGUAUCCAUCAGAAGCCCCAGCCGUGUCCUCCUGAGUGUAGCACAACGGGAAUCAGCUUAAGGGAGAGCCCUACCCAAAACCCUAUGGAGGAGAGUGAGCCGUCGGGAUCCGGGCACGCGCCUCACUGCUCAGCCUCAGUGAGCCUCGAGAGCAACAGCGCAGACCAGCCACCUGCCUCGUCCAACAAAAGUGUGCAGAAGAAGGGCAAGAAGAACCGUAACAGCGCCAGUAUCAAACCUUUCAAAGACUGGCUGGUUUUACACCGCCCUUCGGAGACGCGCGAGAUCCACACGCUGCCGCCCGAGGACCUCGAUACCUACCUGGCUUUGUUCUUCCGGUCGGUGAAGAGGCAGGACGGCAUGGAUUUAUCCGCCAGUUCUCUGCACUACUUUCAGGGCAACAUGGAGAGAUACCUCAGGGAUCACAGCUACAGGUACAGCGUGAAAGGCUUCCAGUUCAGAGCCUCCCAGGAAGCCUUGAGAGAAAAGUACCAGUACCUAUCCCAAAAAGAGAGAGGGGAGGAGUGGAGCAUUUUGGAGAAGCUGACAGAUGAGGAUGUGGCAAACCUUUGUGAGAAGGGAAUCCUGAGUAAGGCGCACCCUCGGGGCUUUUUGCACCUCCUGUUCACCAACAUUGUUCGGGGCUUUGGGGCACGUACCCACAGUCAGAGCCCCAGCGUGUACUGGGGCCAACUGGUGCUGAGAAAGGGCGAGGGGGAGCUGGAGUAUUUGGAGUGGAAGGAUGAUCUUAGCACGGAGGGAAACGCAGGGCAGGAGGGUCCUCGGCUCUUUGCCAGGCCCGACAACCCAGAUAGCUGUCCAGUCACAGAUUAUAAGGAAUAUGCUAGGAAAAGGCCCCUGGACAAGCUUCACGACUACGAUCCGCUUUAUCUGGCUCCCAUGCGCCUGUGGUCCAGCUGGGACAAAGCGUGGUACUGCAGGAAGUCCCUGACCAAAGCCCAGAUAGAAAAGAUGUUGAAAACCAUAACCCAGCAAGUCAAGGGGUCAGGAAAGAAAUCCCGGAAAUAA